UCCGGGCGGAGGUCCGGACAGAGUGCUGGAGCUAUGAUUGAGCCCCUGGAGCAGUUGCUGCAGCUGCAGAAGGACAACCGCGACGGCCGCCUGCGGAAGCAGGAGCUGGAGGAGCUGGUGCGUGGGCUGGAAGCCGAGAGCGAGAGCCUCACCGGGCGUCUGGACGAGCUGCGCGAGCGCGAGCGCAGCCUGCAGCGUAGACGAAGUCAAGCGUCACGGGCGAUUCGAGGGGAGGCGCGCGAGGCGGCACGGGAGCGCGCGGAGCAGGCUCGUGGGCUACUGGAGGCCGCGGAGCAGCACCGGCUGGACCUGGAGCAACACAAUCGGAAGCUGCAGGAAGAGUGGGAGGAGCUGUCCAGCCAGCUUUUCUACUAUGGAGGAGAAGAGUUGAGUCAACAGCGAGCAGAGCAGCGACUGGGAACUCAACUUGCAGCACUGCAGAAACAUCUGGAGCUGGCGGAGGCCAAAUUCACCAUGCAGGCAGAGGACCUGCGACAGGGCGCGCAGCGUACGGAAGAGGCCUGGGCCAGCUUCCAGGAGCAGAGCGGAGUCCUGCAGGAGCUGCAGGGGAAGGUGAUGGAGGCUGCGGCUGCGCUGGAGGCUACGCGUGGUGGCGCGGAACCGUGGAACUCGCAGCCUCGUCGGGUGCAGGACUGCGCGGGCUCACUCAUGGAGGAGGUGGCCAGGGCUGACUGUGAAAAUCGACUAUUUGGCGGUGCGGGCGCGGGGAGCAUCAGGUUGUGGGCGCUCAGCGCACUGCAGACGCUGCUGCUGCUCCCACUGGGCUUCCUGGCUCUGCCGCUGCUCUACGUGGCGCUGGGGAAGCCCGACACCGUCGGCCAGGGGCUCCCGAGUAGUCUUGGCUCGGACACAGUCUUCCGUAGGCUGCGCUACACGCUGUCGCCUUUGCUUGAAUUGCGCGCGCAUGGACUGCUGCCUGCUUAGAGCGCAUCAUGCCGGCUUCUGCCACCUGCUGCACCUCUGUCUCCUUUGUGGUUUUUGGGGUGCCUACCUGUGUGAAAAGGGCGGGGUGGAGCUUGUGUGUUCCUAUGGGCCCAGAGACCCCCUUGUCACCUGGGCGCAGGGGUACUGUCCAACAGCUGGGCUGCUUGGGUGCCCGGACUGUCCUUCAGCCCGACCCAUUAGGGAGUCGUUUGCUACUGUGAGUCUGAGCUUUGGGCAGGAUGAGUGCUGGCCUGUCAAGUUCCCUCCGUGGUGUGUGGAUUAUUUUCCCCAGAAUUACUCCAAAUUCCCUGCAACAUUGGGGUUCCCCUGGGCAGGUCUGAGUUCUCCAAACCCAAACUUCCUCACAGCAUCUGAGCACACCGAUAGUGGGCUUCGUGAGGAACGUGCUGGUAUAUACGAGGAAUGUCUGCUCAGUGGAAAUCAGUGUGGGUUGAAUUUUGAUCCAGCACAUAUAAGCUCUAGACUACUUAUUUGGUGGGGUGGGGGUCUCAUACUGUUCCAUGUAGCUGAGUGAUCUUGAACUACUGAUCAUCUUACCUCUGGCUCCUGAGUGUUUGGAUUGCUGACAUGAGCCACCAGGUGUGGUUUAUUCUGUUCUAGAGAUCGAACUAAGCAUUUGUGAAUGCUGAACUAUAACCACGCCAUUUAAACAAUUAUAGCUUUUUAUACUUUCUUGGCAACAUGCUUAAUGGCCCGACAAAACGGUCAAUGAAGAUGAACACGGAGAAAGCAUCGGUUGUGGUUGAGGUUAAUCGCACCCAGCAGCCUAUACGCUCUGUCCAUUGGAGCCUUCAGCUCCUCGGCUGGGGUGAUAGCUGUCUUGCAAGCACAAGGAUGGAAGUUUGAUCCCAAGAACCCAUGUAAAAAAGCUGGAUGUAGCCUGGCGGUGGUGGUG